AUGGCUGUGACAGAACGACAAUCCACCUUUGGCGAGGCCUCGUUGACAUCCAAAAACGCGGGGGCCAGUGGAGAAGAUCUAAACACGAGUCGAGCAAGCAAAUGCCCCGGCAUGAAUUAUGAGACUUACGUGAAAGCGAUCCUAUGCGAGUCGUCGAAGGAAUUGAUAGAAUUCGCAAGCCGCGACCCCAAGGACAAAUGCGAAAGAUGUGUCUCCUUCUCUCUGCCGUGUCUGCAGGAUGAGAUGAAUGCCUGGCGCUGCAAGGCCUGUUUGGGGGUUGGUAACGCUGGACCAUGCUCUUGGAAGAAAUCCUUUAUCGUCCAAUACACGGCCAAGAAUCUUGGAUUAUCCCUUACCGACGCUGAGGAGAAGUACGAGAAGAGUGGCGGUCGUACUGCACGGCAUAAUCAAGGGGCUUUAAAGCAGCUCAAGCAGAUUGCUAUGGUCAGCGGCCAAUUUGACGGCUCCGAGCCCCCCAAAAAGGCAUGCGAAGGGGGCAAUGCGGCGGCGCCUCAUGGGAAGAGCUCUUCGUUGAAGAGAGCCAUGUCUUGUUUAUUCAUCCCCUCUGGCCCUAAGAAGAGCGUGGAUGCAAGCGACCCCCGGUCUCCGCCAUCGAAGAAGCCGAAGCUCAGAGACAAUGCGGAAGUUACGCCCACAGGACCUGAUGUGACGAAGAAACCAGUUGUCCCGCCAGGGGAUCCAUCACCCAAUCCUGCAUCACCCACCUCUGCUUCUGCCAGUCCGAAGUCCCCCAAUAUACCGCCACUAGAUAUCAAGCGCUGCGCAUCAGCAUUAGCGAACGUUUCGAAACGCGGUACCUCAGCCGACGAUGCACAGUACCAGGCCGCGCUGGAUCUCGUGUUGCAACGAGCAUUAGAGGACAAGAACUCAGCUGGCGUCACGAUAGCACGCCUGGAAGCUCAAGCUAGAGAGAAGGCGGAAGAGGCCGAGAGGAUGGAGGCGGAAGAGGCCGAGAGGAUGAAGGCGUCCAUUACGAGGUUGGAAAAGGAGAAGACAUUCAUCAGAGCGCAGUUGGCAGACAAGAUGCAGGUGUGUAGUCAGCUACAAGCCAAGCUUGCCGCAUCGGAGGCUCAAGCUACAAGCCAGUCUGCCGAUGUAAAGAGACUUUUGGCAAACUUCAACCGCGAGAUUGAGACGACACUGAAACCCAUGGUUGGAGCAUCACCCCAAUGA